AUGGCUGGAAAAACCGGUACACCAUAUGACAUUCUUGAAGUAACAAAAGAAAAUAAUGACUAUCAAUUGCGUGUUGCAUAUCGUCAAAAAAUUCAUCAAUUCAAAGCAGAUCAAUUAAAACCACCUGCAAAUCGUACAAUUAAUGAUAAACAAUUUCAACAAAUUUGUCGUGCUUAUGAAACACUUUCAGAUUACGAUAAACGAAAACGAUAUAAUGAACGACAAGAAUGGAUUUCAGAUUUACAUGAAUCGAAAUAUACACUUCAACAAUUAGCUGCUGAACCACUUUUUGCAGAACAAUUAAAACAAAGAUUAAUCAAUUCUAAAUUAAGACAAAUUAAUGCACAAGAUCCAAUUACAGGUCAAACACCAUUAUAUUGUGCAGCACGUACAUGUAAUAUUGAAGCUGUACAAUAUCUUAUUGAACAAGGUGCUGAUCCUGAUUUAGUACAACGAACAGGAAGUACUGCUUUACAUGUUGCUUCAUUUUAUGGACAUCCAGAAAUUGUUCAAUGUUUAUUAGAAAGUGGAACUGAUUAUACUUUAAAAAAUUCUUGUAAUAAUUUACCUGAAACUGAAUCAUAUAAUGAUCAAGUAAAAGAGACUUUCACUAAAUUAAAACAAAUACCAUUUGUACAAGCAGCUGCUAAUCAACUUAAUUGGUUCAAAGAAAAUAUAUCAAAUAUUAAAGAACAUAUUGAUACACAAUAUUAUGUUCAACGUCAAACAUUACUUCAUUGUGCAGCAAAAAAAGGUCAUUUUGAACUUGUUCAAUGGCUUGUUGAAGAACGUUCAGCUAACAUUGAUAUUGUUGAUAUUAAUUUAAAUUCAGCUCUUCACCUUGCUUCUUAUGGUGGACAUUCAUCGAUUGUUGAAUAUCUACUUAAUCAAGGUGCUGAUUCAACUUUAAUAAAUAAAUGGGGAAUGACAGCUGAACAAGAAGGACUUAUUCAUAAAACUAAAAUAACACAAUUAUUUCAAUCAAUGAAAGAACAAAACAUGUUCGAUAUGGCUGUUAACGGUUUUGAUUGGUGGUUUAGAUAUUAUUUUGAUGAUAAUUCACCAAAUACAAUUGAUGGUCGUGGUACAAGUAUACUUUAUGUUGCAUGUCGUUUUGGUAAAACAUCAGUUGCGAAAUGGCUUUUAGACAAAGGUGCAACUAUUAAUUUUCAAUUACCUGGACAACGUAGUACACCAUUACAUGCUGCUGCUUUUCAUGGACAUAAAUCAACAGUUGAAUUAUUACUCUCUCGAAGUGUUGAUAUUAAUAUUCAAAAUCAAUAUGGUGCUACGGCUUUAGAUGAAGCUCAAACUGAUGAAAUUAAAACACUUCUACAACAAUAUCGAGAGAAUUUAUCAGUAGAAAAAUUAAUUUCUGUACAUUUGUAUGGUGAUGGAACUAAAUCCGGUAAUGAACCAAUAGCAAAAGUACAAUUACAUUAUGAUGCUACAAUUGAUGAUCUAAUAAAAGCAAUACCACCAUCUUUAGGAAAUUCAUAUCGAUGGUUUUCAGUUGCUCGAAGUCCUUUAGCCUUUGAAAACAACAAUAUUAACUUAGUAUCAGCUGUGUGUCGUGCUCGUCAUGCCAAUACAAAAUUCAUAGAUUUACCAAUAUGUCUCAUAACUUAUACUUCUCCACGAUAUAUGAAUAGUGGUUAUACAACAAGAAAACAGUUCCCUGCUCAUAAUUUACGUUCAUUCCAAAGCAUGUUUAGAACACAAAGUAAAAUGACUUCAUUUCAUAUAGAAGCUAAAUCAAACAAUAUACAAACAUUUAAUAUUGAAAAUUUGUUAUUUAACUUUGCUCCUAAUUGUGCCAAUAAUGAUAUUUCAAUUAAAAUCAAUUAUAUAAUUGAACCAGAUGCUGAACAAUUUGACUUAUCUGAAUGUAUUUGUCUAUUCGAAACAGAAUAUAAUGAUAAUGAUGAUAAACUAAAUGAUAUGCCAACAGUUACAGUCAAAAAUGAAUCUAAUGUGAAAUUAUAUACAUGGAUAUCAAAUUCUGCUCAUUGGUUUUCUUAUUCGAAUCAAUCGAAUCGUUUACCUCGUAUUGGUAGUAAACACGCUUUAAUUCGUCAAGUGGAAAUUAUUCCAAAACAACUUUAUCUUUUACCAGACAUGUUUAUUCAAGCUGCUGUUGGAAGACCUCUUCAACCUUGUCAAAAUCCAGUUCCUUGUCAAUAUCUAAAGAUACGUGAUCAUGACUCGGAGAAUUUUCCCCACACUGCUUAUCAUGGAACAUCUAUUGGCGUUAUUCGUUCGAUACUUAUGGAUGGACUGGUUAUGGCAAAUACAGUUGUCUCAAGUGGAAUUCGUGUUUGCCCACCUAAGAAUCACAUUGCACGAGGAGUAGAAGCUUUUGGGAUUAAAGAUUUUGCAAAUGCAAUAUUCGUUAGUCCAAGUAUACAUUACUGUUCAGAUCCCGUCUAUGCUGUUUCAUUUAGUAAUAAUGAUCAAUUGACGAUAGUUGUACUCGAGUGUAGAGUUAAAAAAGGCACAUUUGAUGCUUUCAAAAGUACUGUACCUACAUAUGUGGCAAAACCGGGUGACAAUCUAGAUGCCAUUGAAUGGCGAAUAACUUCUCCAGCAUGUAUUCAAAUAACGGGAAUUCUCUUCAUUCAAAUUAUUAAGUCAAUUGAGAAAGCGUCAAAAAGUCGAGCUGAUAAAUUAGGAAUUGAUCCUAAUAGUAUGACAUAA